UCUGUCACAAUACGAAAAAGCGACAGUUGUGCGAAAGUGUGCGUCCACACACGGUAAAACGGAAUGGCGUCGACAACCGAAAUACAAAUUGUAAAUAUUCCGAAUUUGGAGAAAAUUCAGAGUUUCCUAAAUGAUUCCGCCUAUAAGGAAGUGCUCGAGAAUAGUGAAAACUUCAAUACGCGGUUGUGUAUCGAACGCCGCCUGCGGAUGCCGUUCAUUGAUCCGCAAACGGGAGUUGCACAGAAUCACUGCGCUUUGUUUAUGAAGAGACAACAACGAAUGCCUGGUUUUCGUGACGGGCAAAUCUACACGUACCCUUCAACGCGGUGGCGGAAGCCCAAACGGCAGUAUCUAUUGCAGCAUCAUAAUUACAGGCCCUACAGCUACCGAGAAACCCAAGUCGAGGCGACAGUACCUAUAACUGAUGGAACUACUGUGAAUCCAGCAGUUGACACCGAUAGUAAAGAUAGUCAUCGAAACGAUGAGAAAGAGUGGUAUUAUGAUGAAAUGGAGUUGAGUCAUCAUGUAGAUAACUUCGAAGAGGAUCCUGAAUCAGAUAUGGACUUCGACGAAUCAUAUAGUAGCAAACGUCGCAGAAGAAAAGGUGCAGGUGUAUCGAAGAAGACUAUCGUAAUUCCAGAAGUACCAAUAGUUAAACGGGGACGAAGAGGUCGUAAGAAACAAGUACCGAGUGAUGGAGAUGGUCGUCGCAGUCGCCCUGGUCCACCAUCACUUCCACCAAACACCGGCUCAUCCCCGCUUAAUAACAUUGAAGAACCCCAGAUGCCUAUUCUAACGCCAGAGCAUAAGCUUCCAGCAGAUGAGACAGACGUUGAUAGACGAAAGCAGGGGAAAUCACGAUUGGAGACUGUUAAGGCUGAACCAUCGCCGUAUUGUGAUUUUUGUUUAGGCGAUUCUCGUGAAAACAAAAAAACCCUUUUGCCAGAAGAACUUGUAUCCUGUUCGGAUUGUGGUCGAUCGGGUCAUCCAUCAUGCUUACAAUUUACCCCUAACAUGAAUAUUUCUGUGAAACGAUAUCGAUGGCAGUGUAUCGAAUGUAAAUAUUGUUCAAUAUGCGGAACAUCAGAUAAUGACGAUCAACUGCUCUUCUGUGAUGAUUGCGAUCGAGGUUAUCAUAUGUAUUGCUUAUCGCCACCGCUAACAGUACCACCGGAAGGUUCGUGGAGUUGUAAACUCUGUAUUGAAGAAUUUCAUAGUGACAAAAAGUCAUUGUCUAAUUCUGGCUGCUAUAGCGCAAGGUGCUGAGUGAAGAGUAAUUAAAACAGAACAAAAACUAACUGUACAUAAACCGAUUUAUCUUCAGACAAAUUGAAUUCAUGUCGUAUUACUGCGUUGUUGCGUCGGUUUAUUAUGCAGGUUUGUGUAUCAAUCUUUUUUUUUUUGAAUCUUGAGCAAAUUGGCCAAGGAGCCGUAAUUUUGAUGCUAGAAUUUAAAGGCUGGUGGUCACCGCGCCACUAGGCUCAUCUUCAAGAAUCAAUCAGCAUGGAGACGUAAUAUCUCUGAAGUUGUACUUAAGUCUUCGUGGUCAAACAUCUUUACAAACUGUUAUAAUUGCGUGUUGAUUAAAAAGUCAACUUUGGAAAAAAUCCUUUACUGCCUCUGACAAGAAUGUAGAAAUAAAUUUUUUUAUUAAAUUAAUAUGAGUAUUUUUUACCUUUUUAAUAUCCCCGGCCUGCAUUACAAUUUGAAAUGAUCAACAGUUGUUAAGAUGGUCAAAAUAGGCCUUCGUAGUUAACAAUAAUCAACUCGUUUGUUGAUAUAGAUGUAUGAAUAUGUACACACGUAUGUAUUGUUAUGACAGAAUGUAAUGGCGAUGGUCAGACGUCCUUUUAUUCACAUUGGCCUGCUCAUGCUACAUAUUAUUCGGUGCAUAUCCAUCAUUUGUUUCUGUCUGGGGCGAGUGGGAAUUUGUUUUUGUAAUAGGAAAAAAUCGAUGCAUUUUUUACUAUGAUCCGAACAACAUUGAAUUUGAAGUUCAUCCAAAGCAAAAUUAGCGGGGAUUGGAUCGGCCGGCGAGGUUAGCACAGAGAUCAGCUGGACUCGUGGAGUUUGAAAUUUCAAAAGCAAAUACUAAAGCAUGUAAAAUGCGGAAAAUUUGCCAUUUGUUGUGUAUAUUCCUUCUGGAUUGCGAGAAAUGUUGAAAGGGGAUUAUUUUUAGAUUCAGUGACAACCAGAAACAAUUGUACAAAGUAUUGAAGCAUCCAGACGGUGGGUCAAGUGACACCAUUGAAGCGGAGGAGACAAGCUUCCCGCACAGUUUGCAGCGACGCGACAUUAAGACUUCGUUGGCAUUCAAGAUGCACUAUCGAAACCCGCUUCACUCACUUGAUACGGAUCAUAUUUCACAUAAACCGGGUUGACUAGGCAAAUCUGAUCUCCCGUUGCUUGCAGAUAAGUUUAUGGUUGAGAAUGUGUUCUAACAAAUCCACAAAAUAUUUUAGUGUUGUAAAGUAAAAGAAAACCAAAAGGAGAACAUCUGUACUUUUCACUAGGCGCUACCCUGUAUGAAUAUUCGUUUCUCCUUACUUUCAUUCCAUGACUAAUUUUUGAGACUACAGGUAUAACCUAUUCUUAUCGCCAUCUAACAGAAUAUGAUGGCAAUGAUAUAUCAUAUACGAGUAUAGAUAAUGCAACGUUGUUCAAUGUUUGUUUACAAUAAAGAUAAUAAUUGCGGCCUCAAUAUAUUAUGGAAAUAUCCAGGGGAAAAUUUUGCCGUUUUCGUAUCAUUUUCAUCAAAUUUGUCGCGUCGGCAGACAAUACACUUCCUUUGAGCAGUUCAAUCCUUCACGUGUCAUUGUAUUAAAAUGCACGUGUCCUUUACCGACCGUAAUCCGUACCGGAUGCUGAUCGUCCUGUUAACCUAUCGAAACAGUAUGCGAGCUAAACUGGAAAUGCAAAUAAAAAAAAUAACGGCUCGACUAUAUAUUGGGAAAGGUAAAGGGUGUUAAAAUGGAAGAAAAGGGAAGAAUAUUAUAUAUCAGUAACUGCAUUCCCUUUUUAGAUUGUCUCUGGAAAAGGCGAAUGAAAGACUGCACCUGUCGCAAAAACGAGGAUGCUACAACUUGUGCAAGCAUUGUACAAAUGCACAUAUUUAUUUAGACAUCAUCAGUCUUCUAUUUUCAUUAACAUUAUCUAAUAUUUCUCGGUCAGGAUUCACUGACGUGGAGCGAAUUAUGUACAGAAUUAAAAUAAACUAAAUGCUAGCAUUUAAAAUUCCUAACUCACUCACAGAAAUAGUGUGUCUAAGUGAUUCUACAGUUGAGGGUAUAAUAUCAUGCUUUGUACAUGAGAAUAGAGUUCGAGAUAAUGGCAGAGAAGCUGCAAACAAAAUUUUUAACGCAGCGGACGAGCUAAACAAGAACACUAAACUAUCAGCCACCGAGCUUGACGGUUAAGGAUGAGUUAAUUUUGUAGCGUAGAAAUCUUUCGCCGAGUCCUCCUGAAUCAAAACUUUGAUACUAGAGUAGCAACGAAAAAAACCUUUAUAAGUAUGAAGAACCCGAAAAGUCGUCUUUGUUUGCAAAAGAACUCAUUAAUAAGGACAUCGGCUUUUUGGCUUUAAGUCAUAUUUGCUGACGAGUCCAAUUAUAACAUUUUCAGUUGCGCUACAAAAUAAAAAUUUAGAGUUAACAGCUAAGCGUGGGGUGACAGUGCCAGAAUGCUAAUUUUCCGCAAAUUGCAAAUUAUCGAUGAAGUUAAUUGCGUCCCCCUAUUUCACAUGCGCCCUCUAUCUCGAGUUGUAAUCCCGACUCUGUAACUGCACCCCAAUUCGCGGUCGCCCUUAAACGGGUUUUACAACAGUUAUCUGGCUAGAUCUCGGCAUAAGCAUACGAACGGCAUGGAAAUGGAAAAUGAAAUGAUUAUUUUUAAAUUCUUAUAAUAUUUUAAAAGGAGUGAAUAUGGGAAUCAUACGGAGGGAAAUGAGGGUGUUGCAGGGGCUUGGGUAAACGAAGUAAAUGAAUCUCUCACCCGGUAUAUUCUUGAAGAGAAAGCGAAGUGUCCCAUCGACACACCCUUGCUUUACACCUAAGUUGGGAAAGCGAAUUCCAGCCACUUCAGGUAUUCAAGGUUUUGUGCUUUCCUAAGUAGGGAACUUGGUGUGCACAACUGUUCCUUUUGUAACUAACUAAAAGCUCUUUUGUAUACAUAUUAUAUUGUAUAUUUACAAAACAGGAUAUGUACAUAUCGAAAAAACGUUAAUACAUUCAUCAUAAGCAAAUAAACAUUGGAUAUUGCUUACUAAAUGCGUACAUGCGUAUAUAUCAUCUGAAUUGGCUAUCUCCAAAUGCACAUUAACAAACAUAAGUAAAUGGAUGAUUUUAGUUCGUACGCACGAACAUAAAUAUAUAUGUAUGCGUAUGUAAUUGAAUAACACAUUGUAUUACGAAUUUCAUACGUAUUCUUCUAUGCGUGAGACUGAUUUACAAAUAACUAAAAUAAAGCUAAAUAGUUUAAAGCUUGUCGAAAUACUUUCGUCGUAUAUGUAUAAGUAGGCCUUUAGUAUACGUUACACCUUUCUCCUUUAAUUUGACACUGAUGUCAUAUGAUUUCUUGGCGUGCAAUAAGUUCACAUGAAAAUGAUAAUUUUGAUCUUCUAAGUUUUUGUUACUAAUAGCGGGAUUUCAACCAAACUUGAAUUAUUUCAAUAUUCUCAAAAUACAAUACAAUACAAUUUCUGGAACGCUUUUACAAAAAAUAUGCUACCAAAUGUUACUGCUACUAUUUAAAUGUAAAUUAUCUGAAAUACUUGCAAAUUAUAUCGAAGUUGCAUCAAGUAAAAAGGAAAGCGUAUUUGUUGUAGUUUUUUGUUUUAAAUUCUUUCGCAUUUUUCAAUGUACAUACUUUCUCGGGAAAUGAAGUGAUAUCCUCAAACAUUGUCUACACAAGGAGAAUAUCUUUAUAUUUCAUGUCUGAUGCAACGCAGAUGCAAAGUUUUUCGGCACAGUGUAUAUUUCUUCGGUUAAUUUUACAAUUUUACCGCAGUCAGCUUUAUAGAAGAGGUUCCUCUUAGUUGCAGCCCUCAGCAAUCGAGGCGUGGAUCGAUCGCUUUAUUUAUAUAAGAGGACAUUUGCUUUCUUGAUUAAAAAGAAAGCACCCAUUUAGAUUUUUUUUCCCCAAAAUCUAUAAUAUUUAUUGAAAAACUUCCUUUUGGAUGUUAUGAUAUAUGUGUUGAAGAACAAAAAAUAAUUUUCUUAUGACUUUCAACUGUUCAUAUCGCGAAAGUCACAUUCUAAACGGGGAGACAUUUUUUGAGCUAUCAAGUCCAGUGAAUUAUCCCUGUAAAACGGAUUUCUAUGUAUAUAAAUUUUCAGAGGUAUAUUCCCUAAUAUUUUAUAAAAAAAAAUCAAAUGCUUGAAAAAUGUGUCUGGCGAGUUCAAAAAAUGUUGUUUCGAGAAAAACUCGUUUGAAAUUUUUUUUCGAUAAUUUACACACAAUAUAUUUUCCACAUAUUGCAUUAUUCUGUCGUUCCUGGUGAAUGCUGUAGGUCUUCAAUUUCUGCCAAAUAUAAAAUCCUUCUCUUCAGAUCUUUUUUCUCUAUAUUCGAACUUCUCUUAAACGUACGGUGCUCCUUCAAUCAGUUUGCCGUAUACGGCGUUCAUCUACAUAUUUCGCGAAAAUCCUAGUAGUAUAGCCAACUUUGAUGUCCGCUACAUCAAUAAUGGGAAAGUAAGUCCAUGCUUCUUCAUUAAAGGCAUAUGGAACUAUCCACGAUGCAACUUGUCUGGCAGCCAAUAAGCUCUUUGGAGCGAGGAUUUCCUCGAGAGCAUUUUUCGUGUUCACCUACCUAUUUUCAAACACUUAAUUUUUGUUCAAAACUUGAGAAAAUAAAGUACGUGCUUUUCGACGAAUGAUACAAAGCAAUUGUAUAUAUAUUGUAUAUGUAAAUAUAAUAUAUAUUUUACAUACCCUUAUAAUAGUUGCAUAUACACGAGACGAAGUGUAUAUUGCGCAAACCGCGCUCGGCGCCGCCAAAACUAAUUCUAGGGUACGACUACAGUUGUGUUUAUAACUUGAUUUAUAUAUGGAAUUUCUCAAAACUUUUAGAGUAUAUUUCUGUGAUCUUAAAAAACAAAUUUAUGAAAGAAAAAAAUAACUUUUUUUAUUUAGAAAAUGCAUAAUAAUAAUUCGCUUUGUGUAAGUGGAUUAUUUUCUUCCAAUAUGCAUUUAUAUACACGUCCUUUGACGACCGCCUCAGUACAAUUUUUGGUCUUUUCAGUCUGCUUCUAAUCACCGCGAGUUACGCCAGCGAAUGAUAAAAAGGCUUCGAAAAAAUUUACUUCUGUUCGAAUACUAUCCAAUUUUUCUCACAAAGUUACGGUCAAAUGCUUGAAAUUUUCCGCUUUAAGUUCUUAAGCAUCCAACUCAAAUAUAACUUCAGUUUUGUCUACUGGCAAGAAAUGUAUUUCCAAAACGCAGUCUUCCCGGUUUUGGAUAUCAAGUUUGCGAGUGUCAAUGGAGUUGUAAAGUAUCAAGAAUUUCUCCAUCAACAAACUACUGUUUCAAAAGGCUUUUGCUUUCUUCUUCGGUUAUACUUUUUUAUCGAUGCUGCUCCCCAGUGCGAUAGCGAAUUUCUAACUUCUUCAACGCUGUAAACAAAUAAUCCGCUCUCAUAGCACGGCGACGGCGGGAUCCAAUCUCAUUUUGAAAAUUCGGUUUUGACCACAAUAUAAAUUGAUGAAACCUAAUUCCUUCAUGUUUUCAUUAUAAAUUAAUUAUAAAGGUAUUUUUCCUUUUCCAGGCGCCAUUACUAAGGAUUAAUUAUUGGCCGAAUUCAACAUCGUCGAUGUUGCCGAUCAUCCAUAUUGCAAGUUCAUUCGUGACCUGUACCGUUUAGCUUUAUCCCUAAGUCUUAAGGGAAACAUUUACCAUUUGUAAGAUAUGUUAUUACCAGGUUGUCGGCCCUUUGCCGGCCUUAUAAUCUCCUUCCGCUUCAGCUCCACGGAAAUUACACGGUGAUCAGAACCUGAUAUAAGUAAUAUAGGUAAUUAGCGACAAGUGCAUACUGGCACCCUAGACCUGAACUCUUCCGCCUUAUUUUCAAGAAAAUGGGGCGUGGCGAAACCAGUCUCUCCUCAAGUGGAAUUAAUUCUUUUACAACUUGGGGAAUAAGAAGAAAAUCAGGCCAUUGACUCUGAUUAUGUAUAUGUAGUAGUAUGCUUUUGGUGUAUGUACGUGAAAAUAGUCCACUGCACUCGUCAGGUUGUAAACAGAAAACGCUCUGUAUACCUCUGGAGGAGGUAAGAUUGUCUUUCCUUCUAGUUAUUAGUAAUUCUUUCGAAUUUUGCCUAACCAAUUUGAUGGGCCAUAACUUGCCACAACAAUAACAUGCAUUUGCAUACCCUUCUUUUAUAUUCUUUGUCAAGUCAUUAAAUACUGCGUUGCAGUAUUACGCACGUAUUUGCUGAUGAGUUAUUUUUCCUGAAAUUUCCUUUUGUAAAUAUUGAGGAUUGGACCGACCAGUUCUUCGCGCUUACAUAUCUCACUACCGCGCUACUUCCUUAUAUCUUGUUCAUGCCACGAGUUCGCUUUUUAUCCCUGAACAAUGAAUUUUUCCGAGAGUUUUUCGACGUGCUACUGCAUCUCGGAUUUGUUCUUUCGUUCUGUAUAAUUGUAUCAUUCGAAAGCGUUUUCUUGUCAAACUGUUUCGCAAUUGCUCCUUCCACCUGCAAUUCUCACUGCUACGAACUUCACAUCUGGCUUAUUCUACAAAUGUUCGAAUUUUCUGUCAUGCGUGCCUAUCACGAGACCUUUCCACUUUCCUUUUAUUUCUCUGAUUUCUGUAACCUCACGAACUUUUCUACCUCAAUUAUCGCGAAGUUUAUCGUUUUCCCUUGAUUGCAAAUUCUGCCCUGAACUCUUGCGGCAUUUAAAUCUCGCUUCCUUUCUGCUGCUCUAAUUUGAGCAUUCAUUGGUGAAACGAUAUCUCGAAACGUUUUCCUGCUCUAACUCCAGUAUUUGUCGUAACAUUUCGUCGUGCAACAGUAUCACGGAGUCUCUCUGCAAUCCUGACGUUAUCUAUGUGGCUAGUACUCAGCCGUGCUUUGGCAUCACGAUCUUUUUCAACUUUCCUUACUAUAACGCUCUCGUUUUUCCUAACUUCUGGUUUUUCUUCCCGCAUAUUGCGUUUUGCCUGACGAUCUCGCCUUCUCUCGGUCUCUUGUAACCUUUCUCCGUUAUCUUUUGUUAUCUCGUCGAGUACUCCUACAUUUUCUUGAAGCAGUUUAUCCCAUCCUUUUGUCGAAAAUAGGUUGUUUUGUCGACCCCCUCUUAGCACUUUGUAACAUGACGAGUACACGACAACGCAUUUCUCUUAUCAAACAGUUUUCAUAAGUAGAAUUUUUGCUUGCUUUUGUACGUCUAUACUGAAUGGGAGGAUUUAAGCCAAACAAAUUGGAAAUAAAUGCCUCUUUUGGAGGACAAACGUUUUUAUGCAACAAGCUGCAUACACGCGCAAAAUUCCAGUAUUAUAAUAAAUACACAUCUAGGGUCCAACGUAACCCAAAUCUCCUCUUUACAAAAUUUGUAGAUGCACUUCUUAUGUCUUAAGGGCUCGAUUAGCGCAAGCUGUUCAACGAAAUCAAGAUCCCAUGGCCGGUAGUAUGUAUUCCAUUGUGAAAUAACAUGAAAUACACGUACCCCGUCGUCUUUUACAUAGUAGCCAAACUUAUUUUCCCCAAAAAGCUUUCAGCCAUUAUCAACUUUCGUUAAAAUUGCUUCCAAACAAUGUAAAUAUACAUUCUGGCAAAAAGUACCCGGAAUGUGUAAAUAAAACACCAACUAUUCCACAAUAUUUAUUUCGUCACUUUGAAAGUGGGCUCCAUCUGAUGCAACAAACAUGUGCCAAAGUCUUUUCCAUUCUUUGAAACAUUUUUCGUAGGCGAUUUUCGGUAUAGUUUUCAGUACCUUCAACAAAUUGUUGAUUUCGGCUCGUCUUUUCUCCGCCAUAUUGAUGACUGGUGACUUUCUUCCAUGUCAAAUUCAUAGGCCCAUGUCUCAUCAGUAGUUAUUAUGCUUUCCACGAAUGUAGAAUUCAAAUUGACGCGAUCUAGCAUGUCCAAUGAGAUCUAUCUACGAUAAUCCUUUUGAAGAAGAUUUAACUCUUUUGGAAAAAGUCUACUGGCGACUCGUGUCAUUUCCUAAUUAUCGAGUAAAAUCAAAGGAACUGACUUGUGAGACAAAGGUGUCGUCCUACCUCUCUUAAGUUAGAAUGUGUGAUCUGUACUGAUUCAAUCAACAAACUGAUUGACAGAUUGUUUUCAAAUGGUGCACGAUAAAGUACAGUAUUGUCAGCUUGUACAAAAAAUAUUUGAAAAAUUAUUAGCUACAGUAUUUAAGUAAAUGAAGAGAUAAGGAAAAUUUACAAACACAUUCGCAAUACACACACUCGUUUCUCGUAUAUUAAGGAUCAGGGUGUCUAGUACUUAAUAGAAAAUAUAAGGAUCAUUACAAGAAAAUAACAUUCUUAUAAAUAUAGGUAUUCACUCAUUUUUACAGCAAUACCAAUGUGAAAAAAGAAGUAAUUGUUUAAAUAUCUGGUUGAAUAGCCUUUCUUGCUGCUUUACAUUUGCGCGGCAUGGACUCAAUUAAGUUUAUUAUUACAUCUAUUGGAAGUGCGGACCACUUUUUUGGAGAGCAGCUAUUAAUUCAGCUGUUUUAGAAAAGUUUUGAGUUGGAAUACAUCGCUCUAAAUUCUGAUCAACAGGAUUUAGGUCAGGCUAUUUUUUUUACAAAUUUCAUACAAAAGUAAUAUUUACUCCAAAUCAUUAUGCUUCACCGAUGGUACUUGG